AUGCGUUUCAAUAUCUUUGCUACCCUAGUUGUGGCUGCGUUUGUUGCGAGCUGUAGCAGUUUUGUCAGCGCGGAAAUCGCUGCUCUCAAUGGCUACACCUACGACGACAAGGAAGUGGUUCGUCAUCUUCGAGAAGACAGUGAUGUUCAAGAGGAGAGAUUCCCUAUUUUGGAAAAGUUGAAAUCUCCCUUUAAGCCAAAAGCUGCUGCAAUUCCAGCCGAAGUGACAAAGUUCAAAGAUUUGUCUCAAUAUAUGGGCAAAGGUACUGAAGAUAGACUGAAAAAAGCUGGACUGAAUGCUGAGCUACUACAAAAAGGUGACAAGGCACAGGUAGAAAAACUUGUCGAGCUGUUUGCUAAAGGCGCCAAGAAUGAAAAGGCAUUUUGGCUUAAAAUGCUCGGAUGGGUGGCGGCAUCUAUUGGUGUUGCCUCUUUCAUUUUCGUUCUGAUAACGAUUAUUAAAGGAGGUUCAAAGGGACCUCCAUCGACGGCAGCUGUUGGAACAACGACACCUGGCGGUGCUUAG